CACCGUCGUUUGCACUCAAGAGAACACCAUAACCAUUUGGCAGUCUGUGUAAAGUGCAUGGGACACAGACACCAACGACAGAUACAGUGAAUCGCCAUGGACCCGGACAUACCUGCUCCUUCAAUAGAAGAGGAGUCUCUGCCGCAUCGCGACAAACAAAAUGCCAGACCUCCAUUCGCGUCUCCCGCCAUCAAAGUGAAUCACCACAACCCAAUUCACCAGAAUAAUGCCGCUGCCGUGCCCCUUCCACCCUCAUCUCCCAUGCGAACACCCUAUCGAAGUCCCUCGGCGAGCAAUCUGAAAACCAAAUCCCCCUCUCCGCGUACCCCUUCCCGUCCGCGUACCCCUUCCCGUUCGCCCUCAGUCGCAAGUUCGUAUCGCGACGACAAGAGACAAUCGACCCCUGUGUUGGUCAGUAAGCGAUCGACCUCCAGCCUGAGUGCUGCAAGAGGAACGACCCCUGCGUUUCGACGUGCCUCUUCAAACCUCAACCCGGCUUCUCCAGUACCAUAUGGAAAGAUGGCGGUACCACACGAGAAGCCUCAGUUGACCCCCAGUUCAGUCGCAAAGGAAUACUUUGGUAAAGAACUGGAAGCGCAUGCCUCUCUCCAAUCACCACUGGCGGUCAUAGUUCACGAUGCAUGCUAUGGCCAUCGCUUCUCUCGCCCACGAACAACCAAGAAUGCUUUGGCCACAAUUGUCGAAAGACCGGAGAGAAUCCAUGCCACAUUGCUGGGUGCUUCGACCGCCUACGUGCGCUUAGGAGGUCGGCAUGCCGAAGGGCAACAUGCUCCUCGACCUAAACACAGCCCUCAACAUGUACGGGAGAUCCCAUUCCAGAUACGCAAGACUUCUCGCAACUUGCCGCUCACGCAUCCUUCGGUGGCUUUCGUGCAUGGCUCCAAGUGGAUGGAAGAGUUACAAAUCAUGUGCGACACAGCAGAGGGGAAACUCGCGAUGAAUGGUAAAGAGUUGGCACGUCCGAUCGGGUAUGGCAAGGAUGAGAACGGCAGCCCUCUACCUAAGUUGCACGAAGGUGAUUUAUACCUGUGCAGAGAAUCACUCGCUGCCUUCCAAGGCUGCCUUGGUGGUGUCUGUGAUGCAGUCGAUACUGUCUUCUCUUCAGAUACCACGAGACGAGCGUUUGUCUGUAUUCGCCCUCCAGGACAUCAUUGUUCCACGAACUUCCCGUCAGGGUUCUGUUGGCUCAACAAUGUUCACGUCGGCAUUGCGUAUGCAGCCAUGACUCACGGCCUCACUCACGCAGCAAUCAUAGAUUUCGACUUGCAUCACGGUGACGGCUCUCAGAACAUUGCCUGGGCGCAGAAUCGCAAAGCUCACACCGCGGCCAAAAAUGCGGCUUCACACAAGAAGAUCCCGAUAGGCUAUUACAGCCUUCACGAUAUCAACUCUUAUCCUUGCGAAUGGGGCGACGAGGAGAAGGUUCAGAAAGCGAGUCUAUGCAUUGAGAAUGCCCAUGGCCAAUCAAUUUGGAAUGUCCACCUUGAGCCGUGGAACUCUCUUGAGGAAUUCUGGCAACUCUAUGAGACAAAGUACACGAUCCUUCUUCAUAAAGCCAGAAUAUUUCUGCGCCAUCAUACUGCAAGACUUCGUGCUGCAGGGAACCAGUCACCCAGGGCGGCCAUCUUCAUUUCUGCUGGUUUCGACGCGAGUGAGUGGGAAGGCGCCGGGAUGCAGAGACACAGCGUCAACGUGCCGACAGAGUUUUACGCUCGAUUUACGGCUGACAUUGUGAAGUUGGCUCAUGAGGAGAACCUAGGCGUCGACGACCGUGUAAUCAGCGUGCUCGAAGGCGGAUAUAGCGACCGUGCGCUGACUUCGGGGGUGCUGAGCCAUAUCUGUGGCUUCUCUGGGAACCCAGAGGGCGCCGCCAAUGGCCAUGGACUAUCGGUUGCAGGCGACAAUAAAUUUCAAACAAUCAACAACUGGAUCGCAGAAUCAGUCAGUAACUCAUAUCUUCCCGACUGGUGGGCUCUUCAAAAUCUAGAAGAGCUGGAGGCAGUCGUUGCAGGUCGGCAGCCUCCAACAGCAAAAUCACUCAAAGACAAAACAGGAAAUUACUCCUCGCCUACCCAAGCAUCGACCUUGAAGAUGACUGAUCAUGCCAGAGAGAGGCAUUCCCUGUCGGCACUCCAAGCUAGAUUGGGGUCCGAGUCAGAAUACACACCACCUCCACCUGAUGUCGACUGGGCCGUCGCAUCUUACGAAUUGUCUCGAAUCAUUAUUCCCGGGGAUCGGCAAACACAAAGCUGCACUCAUGAAGAGCUUAAUGCAGAGGCGGCCAGGGCCAGACGAGAACGGCAAUCCACAGUAGGGGUCCCUGCUGGGCCGGAUGAGCGUAUGCAACUCCGAGAUCGCAAAGCGAAGCUUCCUCCGCCGCCACCAAUUCCUUCCACCAGGGUCGCUUCACGUAACGAACACCGGCGGACCACUAUUGCGGCGAUUAGUGACCUCCCAGAUCCGUCCAUGCAAGGCGUCGAAAGUGCCAUGACCCGUCCUCGUAGGAGGUCCAGCGAUGCGUCAAGUAUCUUGUCGAGUUUCCAAAACAUGAAGUUAUCCGAAGCUGGAGGCGCUGAUACGACGGCGCCCGCAAAUCAUGUCACAAGUUCCAGAGCAGGAUCUGUUAUGACUGAGAAGUCCACAAAAGCUGUUGCGAUCAAAAAGACAAGAGCGCCUGUAACGACGAAAACUACAGCAAAACUCAAAUCGAGCCCUCGAAAACCAAAGGCAAUGCCACCACCUGAUGGUAGUGUCAAUGGUGGCGCUCUCUCCUCAAAGCCUUCGGUGAUCGACGAGAAGAAAGUACUUGGCGGAGGCGAAAAAAGAGACUUUUCAAAUCCUUCUCGAAGUGGAAGCGCCGAUGAAGUUGAUUCUCUGACCAAUGGAGUGAAGAAGAUCAGCAUAAAAUUGAACAUGACCACGGCUGAAAAGAAUGCAGCAAAGGAACAGCAUCGAGCAGCGGAUGAGAAACAGAAGAAACCUCGCGCUCCGAGGAAAUCAGCAGUGCCGAAAACAACCAAAUUGACAAAGCUGAAUUCCUCGACUGCUCCUGGUAACACGGCUCCCGUGGAAGGCCAAACGAUAAAAACAGAAAAGACCACAAACCAGCCGAUGCUAAUCCCACCAGCAUUCGUCGACCCAAACUCACAAGGCUUUGCUCUGCCAUCAGCAUCACCUGUUGAACCCAACCCCAAUCAUUCGGUUUCAGAUCCCUCAGCCUCACAACCUCCCAGCUCUUGGCCGCAGAGUAACAACCCUCCUGAUCUACAGCAGACAUUUGAGAUAGCCAAUGUCCCGCCACAAGAGAAGACUAUGGCACCCCCUGGACAAGCCAUCGUUGUUCCAGUCGGCCCUGUACAACAAACUUCGAAUGCACCAAAACCUUUUGAACAUUUCCAAAUCGCUAGAGAACAGCCUCCGGCCCCUGUAUACCAAAUGAUGCAGACCAGUGCGGAAGCGAAUCCACCGAGACCGACUUCAGCUGGACUGAGCACGCCUCGACACACGAAACAAGAUCUUCCUGUGUUUACGUCUUCAUCACCAAUUCCUUUCGCGGUACCACCAAAUGCCAGAGUUGACGAUAUCACAAUGGAAGAACCAAAGGACGGUUAGGAACCAUCUAUCUGGCAGAUCCCCGAGACACCACCGCAGCGCAUGAUGACUUGAUAUUCUGGGUUUGCAUUGCGGUGCCACUACCGUCCGAGUGUCAACAUCCGCUCUUUUUCAAUUCUUCAGGAAAACAAAGAACAAUCAAAUUUCUUAGGCCACAGUUGAUAUCUUGGGGAGAGUUCUUGUUCCACAGAAAAGACAAAGAGGAAAAAAGGCACUUUCUUGGACACGGCAAUUUCUUUUUUCUAUACCCGGUGUAAUUUAAGAGAUACCCCCGAUACAGCACUUGGAGGAGAAAAGGACGUUUGUGGAUUUAAUGAGUCGAGUCAGGCCUAAGGAUGGGUGUUUGUAGCUGGAGAUUUUUGGGUCUUUUUUUUCUUUUGGAUCUGGGCCUAUUUUCCUUUGGGCAUUACUGGUUGAAGUUGGCCAGAAGAUGUAGCUGACUAGUUUGGGUGUUUUUAUGUAGCAUACAUAAAUCACUGCC